GGUGUCCCCAGACAGGGCCGGGCACCUCCCCCGAUCCUACGGAGCAUCAAGAGGCGGGGCUUCUCGGAAAGCUCAGGCAGGCGGGGCAGAACGCACGCGGGAAGAGGAAGCGCCGGCAGGCGCCGCACCCCGACAGCAGGCAGGCGAGCCAUGGCUGCGCCAGGCCCCGACCCAAGCUCCAAGGCCCCUGUGCUCUCCAUGUCCUCCCUGCCCCUGGCGGCUCUCAACGUUCGCGUGCGGCGCCGUCUGGCGCUGUUCCUGAACGUGCGCACGCAGGUGGCGGCCGAUUGGAGCGCGCUGGCCGAGGAGAUGGGUUUCGAGUACUUGGAGAUCCGGCAGCUGGAGACUCGCGCUGAUCCCACCGGCAGCCUGUUGGACGCCUGGCAGGGACGCCCUGGCGCCUCGGUGGGCCGCCUGCUAGAGCUGCUGACUGAGCUGGGAAGGGACGACGUGUUGACCGAGUUGCGUCCCAGCAUCGAGGAGGACUGCCAGAAGUAUAUAGAUAAGCAGCGACAGGAGGAGAGUGAGAAGCCCUUACAGGUGGCUGUUGUGGGCAGCAGUGUCCCACGGACACCGGAGCUGGCAGGCAUCACCACGCUGGAUGACCCCCUGGGCCAGGUGCCCGAGCGCUUUGAUGCCUUUAUCUGCUACUGCCCCAGUGACAUGCAGUUCGUGCAGGAGAUGAUCCGGCAGCUGGAACAGACCAACUACCGCCUCAAGCUGUGUGUGUCUGACCGCGACGUCCUGCCUGGCACCUGUGUCUGGUCCAUCGCUAGUGAGCUCAUUGAAAAGAGAUGCCGCCGGAUGGUCGUGGUUGUCUCUGACGAUUACCUGCAGAGCAAGGAGUGUGACUUCCAGACAAAGUUUGCUCUCAGCCUCUCUCCAGGUGCCCAUCAGAAGCGACUGAUCCCCAUCAAGUACAAGGCCAUGAAGAAGGAGUUCCCCAGCAUCCUGCGAUUUAUCACCGUGUGCGACUACACCAACCCCUGCACCAAGUCCUGGUUCUGGACCCGUCUGGCCAAAGCCUUGUCCCUGCCCUGAGGAUGGCGCUGGUGCCCAGGGCACGUGCUUCGGUCCACGUGGCUGUGCACUCCUGGGGCCCAUGCCCCUUUGCCCCUUGAUCUCUGGACUUGCCACCCCCAGGCCCUUCUACAGCAAUGACAUGGCCACCGUGUCUCUUGUUCUGUAAGGAUCUAGAGGCUAUGAGGGCCGCACACCUGCUGGAUCAUCAGCCAGGACCCUGAUGAUGGCCCCGGCGCUGAGUUGUUCUCCCUGUCUGGCUUCAGCUUCCCCAUCCAAGGAGCAGGUGGAGAGGCCGGGCAGCAGCUGUGCUCUGUGGGGCGGCUCUGGCUUUGCAAGUGCCUUUGGUCUGGUCCUCAGCCUGUGGAGGCAGGCUGUGGAGGGAGCCUGGCUGUGCCAAAGCCGCUAGCUGUGUGCCCUGCUGCUGGGCACUCUGGUGCUGGGAGACAGGCCCAAGACAACACUGAGAGCAUCUCAGGAGACUCCUGCCCCCCAAACUGUGGGCACACGGACACAAACUGGCACCCAGGCAUGUGUGUGCAUACACAGGUCCCAGCAUCCCACGUCCUGGGUAUGACUCUCCACAUCAUGUGUGUGGGUACAUCCUCCCCUUUGCUGCUGGCACCUCCCUGGACAGAGCUGGACCAUUGCUGCUGUCCUUUUCCUGCUGUCUCUGGUCACUGCCGUCUGGCCUGGGAAGGGACAUGAGGAAAGGAUGGCACUGCUAGGCACAUCACAGAGGAACGGCUGGUACAGCCCUUUGCCCUGCCCUGGUGCUCUGUGCCAUGCCCCUAGACUGCACCCUGCACCGACCCUGGACACCAUGUUCAUGGAGACUGCAGGGACCCUGUGCCCUCCUGGGACCUCAGGGAGGCCACAGAGCUCCCGCAUGUGGUCUUCAUGACAGACUGGGAUGUCACACACGUGGCCCCCUUGGUGCUGGGCACUUAGAGCCAUUGUGAGACAGUGGCUUUUGCACCUGUUGGGAAGCAUAGGAGGAGCUUUAGCAGCCGCCACCAGAUGCUCUGUUCUUCCUUCUGUGGCCUCAUUUCUAAUAAAGAGUAUUCUAUUUUGGGAA